CUUUCAAACAUAUUCUUCUUGUGGUUAUCUGAAUAUUUUACACCAACAUCAUGCAGCUCUGCUGGAAAUUAGCUCUGAUGAUGCUGGUUCUUGUGUGUGUUACUGCACAGCAACACAACUAUCGUCGUCCCACUCGUGUUGGCGUGAGCUGCUGUAAGGAAGUGUCAAAAGCAAGAAUACCUGCUUCAAUUAAACUGAUGGGAUACAAGCAUCAGAAUGCUCUGAGUCCAUGUGUGGAUGCUGUAAUAUUCUACACAGAGAAGGAAAAGUUAUGUUCAGAUCCAAAAGCACCCUGGAUUAAAAACCGUCUGAAUGGUCUGAAGAGGAUAGUUGACUGAGAAAAUGGAGGACUAGAUGAUGCUGCAAAUCUAUCUUUAUAUGUAAUCAAUCUAUCUAUUAAAAAGAGAAUAUAUAUUCUGUAUGU